UCACACGUCAAAGCACACAAAAAGUCCAGAAAGAGAAAUAGAAGAGACACCAACCUCUUUGACAUCUCCCAUACAAUCCAGAGUAGCCAUCAACCAUCAAUAGCCGCAACCACCGUUUAGGAAUCCCAGUGUACCCACUGUUGCCGCCCAACGCCUUCUGACUGGGGGGCGCUCCUCGUACACAAUAGUUGAUCAUACGUAUGAUGCCGUUGUUGUAGGAGCUGGUGGUGCAGGGCUACGAGCAGCCAUAGGGCUUUUGGAGCAUGGGUUCAAUACUGCCUGCAUGACAAAGCUAUUCCCUACUCGUUCACACACCAUUGCUGCUCAGGGUGGUAUAAAUGCUGCAUUAGGCAACAUGACUGAAGAUGACUGGAGGUGGCACAUGUAUGACACGGUCAAGGGAAGUGAUUGACUUGGUAUAUACCAGCGUUACACAGACAAAUCUUUCAUUUUAUUUGUAUUAUUCUUACACCCACGUUGGAUGCCUGGGUUAAGCAAAUUACUGCCUUUUUAUGAAUUACAAUGAGGAUAAAAUUGAUUUUUACUUGUAUUGGUGUAAUGCCCCAAUGGAAGGCCAAAACCACAUGUCCUAUACUCCAAAAAGACUAGUCAACGAUACAAUUGGAGCUCCAUUGGGGCAUUAUAAAGAGGAAGAAAUUCUUUUUUCCCAAGUAAUUUGGGAUCCCAUAAACCACCUAUCGUUAUCCUUAUUAUAUGGGAUAUCACAAUCUCCCUCUUAAAUUCCUGACAUCCUCGUCAGGCCUAUCUGUCGUAGGUGACACUGCUCAAGUCUCACAUUUAUGAUUGGGAUAGGCUCUUAUACCAUUUGUAACGCUCCAAUGGAAGGCUCAAAUCAGAAGACCUAUACUCCAAAAGGACUAGUUAAUGAUACAAUUGGAGCCUCAUUGGGGUUUUAUAAAGAGCAAGAACUUCUCAUUCCCAAGCAAUGUGGGAUCCCAUACACCACCUAUCCUUAUCCUUAUCAUAUGGGGUAUUACAAAUUGGUUUCUUUCACAUUUGGUUUGGAGUGUUUUUAUGCAUUGGGGCAUCCUUUGCGGUGAUAUUCCUGUUUUUCUUAUGAUUCUUGCCCUAUGUAAUGGUGUGUAUACUUUGAAGAGAAUCAGAAAUGUUUUAUGCAAGGAAGCCAUUUUGUUCGUUCUGAAUGUUUGAGAUUAUGAGCUCUCAUUGUAAAUUGUGACAUGCAGUCUCUUGUACUGACAUUCACAUCGCUCUUCCAAAAUUUGUAUGUACUUGUUAUUCAUCUUUUUCUUUUCAUUUUUUUAAAGAUGCAAGCAUAUUUGGAUCAUGUAGGUGAUCAGGAUGCAAUUCAGUAUAUGUGUAGGGAGGCACCAAAAGCAGUGAUUGAGCUUGAGAACUAUGGAUUACCAUUUUCACGAACUGAAGAUGGAAGAAUAUAUCAGCGUGCGUUUGGCGGUCAGAGCUUGAAUUUUGGAAAAGGUGGACAGGCAUAUCGUUGUGCAUGUGCUGCUGACCGAACUGGACAUGCUUUAUUACAUACUCUCUAUGGCCAAUCUAUGAAACAUAAUACCCAAUUCUUUGUGGAAUAUUUUGCUUUGGAUCUAUUAAUGAACAGUGAUGGUAGCUGCCAAGGAGUAAUCGCGUUAAAUAUGGAGGAUGGUACAUUGCAUAGAUUUUGUGCAGGUUCUACAAUUCUGGCUACAGGGGGUUAUGGUAGAGCAUACUUUUCUGCAACUUCAGCUCAUACAUGUACCGGAGAUGGCAAUGCCAUGGUUGCACGUGCUGGGCUUCCACUCGAGGAUUUAGAGUUUGUGCAGUUUCAUCCAACAGGUAUAUAUGGUGCUGGUUGCCUCAUCACUGAAGGAUCCCGUGGUGAAGGUGGUAUUCUUAGGAACAGUGAAGGUGAACGUUUUAUGGAACGAUAUGCGCCUACGGCAAAGGAUCUUGCUUCAAGAGAUGUUGUUUCCGGGUCUAUGACUAUGGAAAUCCAGGAGGGUCGUGGUGUAGGACCUUUGAAAGACCAUAUAUAUCUCCAUUUGAAUCACUUGCCCCCUGAAGUACUUAAGGAGAGACUUCCUGGUAUCUCUGAAACAGCUGCAAUAUUUGCUGGUGUCGAUGUUACAAAGGAGCCCAUUCCUGUUUUGCCUACUGUGCAUUAUAACAUGGGAGGAAUUCCCACUAAUUACCGUGGCGAGGUAGUUACUGUUAAAGGUGAUGACCCCGAUGCAGUAGUUCUGGGAUUAAUGGCUGCCGGAGAGGCAGCAUGUGCAUCAGUUCAUGGUGCCAAUAGACUUGGUGCAAAUUCCCUUCUGGACAUUGUUGUUUUUGGACGAGCAUGUGCAAACACAGUUGCUGAGAUUCAGAGACCAGGGGAGAAACAAAAACCUUUGGAGAAGGAUGCUGGUGAGAAGACUAUUGAGUGGCUGGACAAAAUGAGGAAUUCAAAUGGCUCAAUACCAACUUCAAAAAUUCGGUUGAAUAUGCAACGAAUAAUGCAAAAUAAUGCAGCUGUGUUUCGUACACAGGAAACAUUGGAAGAAGGUUGUCAAUUGAUUGACAAGGCAUGGGAGAGCUUUAAUGAUGUUAAAUUGAAGGAUGGGAGUUUAAUAUGGAACUCAGACUUGAUAGAGACUAUUGAGUUGGAAAACCUUUUGAUAAAUGCUUGCAUCAUGAUGCAUUCUGCUGAAGCCAGGAAAGAGAGCAGAGGGGCACAUGCUCGUGAAGAUUUUCCAAAAAGAGAUGAUGAGAACUGGAUGAAACACACGUUGGGCCGAGUUGGGCACUGGCGCGGCAUCGCGGUCUCACGUGGCAUGGUUCCUCAAACGACAUCGUUCUAAUUAGAGAAAAAAACCCAAGCCUUCGCCUUCGAUGCCCUGUCUUUGAAAUCAUAGCCUUCGAGAGCCUUUGUCUUGAAAAUAAAAUUUGUUCUUUGUCUGCAUGUUACAACCACGCUCCUUUGACAUCCAAAAGCAAACUUUGGAGAUUGAUGGUAGUGUUUUUGCUGUCCCUGUUUUUCCCGUUAUGCAGGGUGGAAAGUGAAGAUGAUGAGCGUUCAGAACACCAAAAAUCUUUCAUUUUCCCCUGAAACCUCCAAACCGCCAUUUUGGUCACUGCAUUUUUCAUUCUGCGUUUAAAUUCAGCUACCAGAUCCAUUCAAGCUCUAAUCUUGUCCGACUGUGAGAAGCAGUCUACACUGGGUAUUGGGUAAGGUAACUUCCAGAUGACAAAAAAUAAAAUAAUUUUUCCAUUUUUCUUCCGUUUUAGAACUCAUAAAACUGCACAGCUCGAUUCAAUUUCUGAAAAUGGACAAUUCAAGCCAAAAAGAAGUAGGUGUUCUAAAUAAGUGACUUGGGUACAGAGUUUAAUCACCUAAAUAUUAAUGGUGGAUUUUAUAUAGGUCUGGUGCUUUAGAUGGACAUGGAUGAAACGUAAAAAAAAAAAAAAAAAAAGUAUACCUAAACUUAGAGCUGGGUCUUUCGGAGUAAGAUGUAAAUGAUUUUGGAGCCAAAAUUGAUGGAACUCAUGUAGAUACGAAGUCAAAGAUCAGAUUGCAAAGCUGAAAUUUCAAGAUCUGAAAUUGGAAUGGUUGAACUAGGAACUCGGGUUUGGGUCUUUCAUAGGAAGAAGAUACCAGCUUUUGGGACACUAGUACUUACAAAGUCUGCUUUUGGAUGUCAAAGGAGCGGGGUUGUAACAAGCAGACACAGCAAAAUUUGAUUUUCAAGAUGAAGGCUCUUGAAGGCUAAGGUUUCAAAGACAAGGGUAAGGCAUCGAAGACAGGCGUGGGUUUUUUCCUCUAACUAGAACGAUGUUGUUUAAGGAACCAUGCCACAUGAGACUGCGAUGGGGCGCCCGUGCCCCACCUCGGUUGCAAGCAGGUUUAUUUUAUCUGAAAUGUGCUUCAUUUUGGUGUGUUGAUAUUGGGAGAAGGAAAGGAUCAGGCUAGAUUACAGGCCAGUUCACCUUUACACAUUAGAUGAUGAGAUAGAGCCAUUCCAAUUUAUCAAAAAAAAAUGAUGAGAUAGAGCCAUUCCCACCAAAAGCUCGUGUAUAUUGAUACAUUGGCUCCAAAACUGUACAUGGAUGAUGUUUCUUUACAAGCAUUACAUUAUGCUCCCCAAGGUACAAGUGGAUCAUGUAAUAAAUCUAUGUAGGCAGAGAGAGCAUUUUGGCACUGAUUGUGCAUUAAACGGAGUUUGAAAUGAUCAUUAUACAUUAAAUCCUAGUCCUGUGUAUUUUGUAUUGGCAAAAUAAAUUAAUUGUAUGAGAGUUUCUUAUUGAUAAUUAA